AGCCAGAUCGGGGCCCAAAUGCAUCUCCUCGAAUUAAACAAGAGUUCGAUGGAAACAGUUGCAAGCAAACCCCCGCUAAAACCCUAAACUCUCUCGAUUCAUCCUCACUCUGCACAGGCUCGUCACCAUCAAUGGGUAGCCAAGCCGCCGUGUCUUUCCUCACCAACAUCGCACGCGCCGCCUUGGGGCUUGGCUUAUCCGCUACUGUACUGAACUCCUCGCUUUACACCGUUGACGGAGGGCAGCGCGCCGUCAUCUUCGACCGGCUCCGCGGAAUACUGGACGAGACGGUGGGCGAGGGGACCCAUUUCUUGGUCCCAUGGCUCCAGAAGCCCUUCAUCUUUGACAUCCGAACUAAGCCCCACACCUUCUCUUCCGUCUCCGGCACUAAGGACCUCCAGAUGGUUAACCUGACCCUUCGAGUCCUCUCUCGCCCCGAGGUCACGAAACUGCCCGAGAUCGUCCAAACCCUAGGGCUCGAAUACGACGAGAAGGUCCUCCCGUCAAUCGGCAACGAGGUCCUCAAGGCCGUGGUGGCGCAAUUCAACGCCGACCAGCUCCUCACCGAGCGGCCUCAGGUCUCGGCCCUGGUCCGCAACGGCCUGCUAGAGCGGGCAAGAAACUUCAACAUCGUGCUCGACGACGUGGCAAUCACUCACCUGUCGUACGGAGCAGAGUUCUCGCGCGCCGUGGAGCAGAAGCAAGUGGCGCAGCAGGAGGCCGAGCGGUCCAAGUUCGUGGUGGCGAAGGCGGAGCAGGAGAGGCGGGCCGCAAUUAUUCGGGCCGAGGGAGAGAGCGAAUCGGCCAAGAUGAUAUCAGAUGCGACUUCGCAGGCUGGGAUGGGUCUCAUCGAGCUCAGGAAAAUUGAGGCUAUGAGGGAGAACGCCAGCACACUGGCCAAGUCGCCGAAUGUUGCAUACCUUCCCGGGGGUCAGCAGAUACUCAUGGCUCUCAAUGCCUCGCGUUGAGUCCGGGUCUCAGGAUGUCAUAACAACAUGAAAAGGCCAUGGAUUUUGCAUGAUUGAUGGUUUAUAGUCUAUGGAAUUUCCAUUUUUGUAUCGAAGAACAUAAUAUCUAAACCUUCUUUUGGAAUCAGAAAUUAUGAAUUUAUGA